AUUGUCUUCUACCUUCAUCUUACUAUGUAAGAUAUAGAGCACCCUUGAUAUUAGCUUUAGAUAGUUUGGAUUUUGGUGUCUGGACGGAUACGAUGGUUAUAAGUUGCCAUUGUCAAUAAUAACUUAUGGUGUUUGCUCUAACCAUCAGGUCUUGUUUUAUGGCUUUAGGAACUGCCGCUUCUUGUCUUCUUCGGAGAUCCAAGGGAAGCUGUUUACCUCACAGGGAAACAGUAUAAUUUGGGAGUUGUUUCGAAGGGCAAUGGCAAAAUGGUAAAAGACACGGUUUGGGAGUUGAGACGAGAGGACGAUGGAUAUAUAGGGGAGAAUGGACGCAGGGUUUCAAGGGGCGGUACGGUGUUAGACAAUCGAAUACGUCGACGGCUAAGUACGAAGGGACUUGGGCGAAUGGUUUACAAGACGGAUAUGGAUCUGAGACAUAUGCAGAUGAUGGAACAUAUCAGGGACAAUGGAUGCGGGGCAUGCGACAUGGCUACGGUAUCAGAAAAAGCGCGCCGUUCGGUAAAGCAUCCAAAUACAGAGCGAACAAAACACUGAGAGCGUCUUUGACAUCAUUACGUAGUAAUGAAGGCGCACAAGGUGGUCCAAAUCCUGAGUUAACCGACAAGAGAGACCGUAGGGUAGAUGAUUCGAGGGGUGGCUUCGUACUGAAAAUGAAUUCCGCAGAACCAACAGCGAGAAGGCGAUCAUUAGGAUCGGGGAACGUUAAGAAAGGGUUAUUUACGGGUUUGAAACUAAAAAAACAACGAAGUACUGGAGAUUUAGAAAAACGAGGGGGUUCAGGAAGCAUACGAUCUACAGGGUCUUCAGCAUCGUGGGUCAGUACGGAUUCCGCGCAGUCAGCUAUGACGAAUGCCUCCAUACCGUCCGAUUCCAAUGCAAGUUUUGUUAUAGAGGACGAAACUAUGGAUCCUAGUGUAGUGGAAACCUACAUGGGCGAAUGGAAAAACGAUAAACGAUCAGGAUACGGUAUUAGUGAACGAUCGGACGGUUUAAAAUAUGAAGGUGAAUGGUACAAUAAUAAGAAAUACGGAUACGGCGUAACAACAUUUAGUAACGGUGAAAAAGAAGAAGGAAAAUAUAAAACUAAUGUUUUAAUAACUAGCCAAAAGAAAAAAUUAUUUUUAAUGAGAAGUGCUAAAUUUAGGGAAAGGAUAGAUGCGGCGGUAAACGCCGCUCAACGAGCUUCAAAAAUAGCAUUACAAAAAUCCGAUAUAGCUAUCAAUCGAACAGCAACAGCAAGAGGAAAAGCAGAACAAGCAGAUAUAGCGGCAGCGCAUGCUAAAGAAGAUUCUGAUAUAGCGGAAAAUGUAGCUAAACAAUACGCCCCCGAUUUUAAACAGCCUGGUUUAGAAAGGCUAAGAGCUAGACAGAAUAAAUAUAGAGAAAGACAGAUGCAAAAUCAGAGCAUCGACGCAGAAAAUAAACCAAAUAUAAAUUCAAUUAACCAAAUGGCUAAAAUUCCUAACCAAAUUCCCAAUCAAAUACCCAACCAAAUACCCAAUCAACUAUCGAACCAAAUACCUAAUAAAGUCAAUCAAUUAUCUAAUCAGAAUCAAAUGAAAUGGACGAAUCCUAACCAACAAAAUCAACCCCAAGUUAACAACUACACGCAAUCCUCCAAUCCCUAUCCCCAAUCUCAAUACAUAGAUCCCAAUAAUAAACCCAACAAUCCUUAUAGCAAUCCUUCCAGCAGUAAUCCCUAUAAUAACACUGCACAGAUGCAUUUGAAUGAUAAUGGACCGCAUCUUUCGAAAAAUCCCAAUGAAAUCAAUCAGGAUAUUGGAAUCAAACCAUCAUCUAAUACCGAUAGUACUGUGAAAUCAUCUAAUCAAGAAACUGGGUUUAAGAACGUUAUGUCUCCCAGAAAUUCAAUACCCACAGAAGACCAUAUGCAAGGUGCUGCGUUAAGAAGAAUGUCGAGGAGAGUAUCUGGAGAUCGACCGUAUCUAGGAAAUAUUGGACAGCAGUCCUCAAUAGACCAUUUCGAUCAUUACAAGAGACCACCAAGUAGAGACUCUAGCGUUGAUAGAUAUUCGCGUGCAACAGGCCGACUGAGUAACGCUAUGAAUUCAAGACAACCAUCUGUAGAUCGUACAGCUAAUGUUGUACCAAGCGAAACUCCAGACCGAACACUGCGAGCACCAUCAGCAACCAGAGGAAGUACCCCAGCACCACCCAAUUUCACAAAUCCCUCAUCUGUAGCUAAAAACGGUUCAGUAAUGACUGGAGCCGCAGUGAAAAUGACCGGAAGUAACGCCAAGUUAGCAGGAAACUCAACUCCUGUGCCACCUUUCGAGGAUAUUAUAAUGAGGAAGCGUGGAUUAGGGCAAGAUAUCGUACCGUCUCUCAACCAACCAAAAAGGACUGAAAGUCUUUUUAUCCCUGGGCAGCAAACCACUCCUGCUGCUAAGGUCAGUACUCCUCAGAACCUAGUGACUCAAACUUCGUUGCAGAGAAAGAAAUCACUGCCUGAUUUUCAAGAGCUGCCCAGAACGACUGGCGCAAUGUCCAGAGAGGAAGUUUCCUAUUUGGGCUCGGCUCGCCGCGAAGAAAUGAGAAGACAACAAGAUGAUUACGAAAGACUCCGUGCCAAUCCACUCCUCUACUUAAUCAGUCCCCAAGUCAAGGACUGGUUCUCGCGCCAACAGUUGGUCCUUGUAGUUCUAUUCAUCAACAUCUCUUUGGCAAUUAUGUUCUUCAAGCUACUAACAUAGUACAGGCUGAGCGUCGACGGACGCGUUGGGACAAACUAGAUAAAAACGAGUUUAAACAAGUUUUACAAUUUACCUAAAUAAAGACAUUUUUACAGCAUCAAUUUUUGGUCAUGCUUCGGUUUGGUUGUUUGCAGAUCUGUACAGUAAAGGUCUUUUAAUCACAAAAUUAUAACAGUUUAAUAACUUUUACUUGAAACGGCACAAAAUAUUUCAAAUAUAGUGAUAAUGGGGCUGAUUAUUUGACUGACUUUUUCUGUACAGAUCUGUAGCGCUCGUUAUUGAAUGCGUGAUAUUUUGUGGAUAAGGAGAAUGCUGUGUCGUUUUUUGGGAACAUUUUUCGCUGUUGGAUUUUUUGUCAGAUUUUAUGAAAAUGUUUCUUGUAUUGGUCACGUUUUUUUACAUUGUGCUGCUAAUUUGGAAAUGGUUGCACGAUUGUAGUGACAUAUUUCCCCAACGAUUAAUUUCAAUAAAAAAAAAGAUAUAAAAAUUAAAAAAAAUAUAUUCACGAAACACUCUAUUUUUGGAAAUGAUUGUUUUACGAGAUUUAUUUUCGAGAUGUGACAAUACCUUUAAUGAUUAAAGAUAUGACUGUCAAAAAUAUUUCGAAUCAAAAGUUUCAUUCUACAUUAGGAUAGUUUCUACUAGAUUUUUAAUUUAGUUUGUAUAAAUGACGAAUAUUAACUAAAAUGUGUUGUUUCUUACAAGGUUUAGAUGAUUUUGAAGUAUAUAACAAGACUUGCCCAAAUAUAUGGGUGUUAAAAAAUGUUUUGUCGAACCUAUAAGAUAUUUACUAAACCGAAAUUAGAGUUCGAAGCAUUUUGAUUUAGUACUGCUCGUAAAAAGUAGCAACAAAUUAUAUAUUUUAUUUUUAUUCAUAUUUUAGUGAUAGGUGAUUCCUUAAAUAUUAUUAUAAAGUAAUGAGUACAAUUAAGCUAAACUAAAAUACAGUUUAUAUAGAGAUUUACUUCAAUGACAUUGAAAUACCAUUAGGCUCAAUUUUUUUCUUAUAAUGGACAUUUUGACAUCUAAUGAGAUCAAUUUGAAGAAUUUCCACUAUUAUAAUAUCAUAAUUCAACUGGUUAGCGCCCAAAUUACGACAAAAUCAAAAUGAAUUUAUUUUAAAAAAGUUGUAUAAACAUGUUGUUCAUUGAUAACUUAUAAUUUUUUGAGAGCAGAUGAAAAUUUGACAUUUCUACUUAUUUUAAUCUUCAUCUAAGAAAGAUAUUGAAGAAUAUUUCUUUAUUAUAUGAGUAUUUCUACUGGCCAAAAUCAUAUAGAGUUGCACACAUCAUAUUGAUUGGUAAACCAGGCAAAGACUCUACCAACUUGUUAUCUUACCGUCCAAUAAGCCUGCUACCAACAAUGUCCAACCUCCUUGAAAAUUACUCCUACGUAGAAUAACUGAAGACUUACCUCCACAAGAAUAGAUCCCCUGCCAUCUGGAUUCAUACAGAAACAUUCGACAGUGCAACAAGUCCACCGACUCACGCAGAAUAUAAAUAAAGCCCUGGAGAACAAAGAUUCGGAUAGGCGUUUGACAGAGUGUGGCAUCAAAGACUGCUAUACAACAUUGAAAGAACUCUUCCAUCAAACUACCACCCACUUCUGAAAUCUUACCAGAACCUAACCUUCCAAACCAAAUUUAAUUAGGAAAAGUACUAACUUUUUGCUGUAACAGGAAUGUUUGCACAGUCUACUAAUCAAGAACCACAAACAGCAACGAAAAUUGUUCAGGCUCAUCUGAAUCAAUUACAUUACAAAAUUGAAGGAUUAAAGUUAAUGAGAGCUAGUUAAGUUAAACAAUACAGUCUCACUUGACAACAAAGUCUUUAUCUACAAAUUUGUCAUCAAGCCUAUAUGGACAUAUGGAAUUGAGCUGUGGGGUUGCGCUUCCAAAACUAUGGAAUGUAUCAAAUCACACCAUUCACGUGGACCUGGAAGUGCCCACUGUACAAAAGGAAACGAUCAUCAAACAUCACAAAACUAUAGAAACCCACCUAAAUCCACUACUAAAGGAAUUGUUAAGACCAAGAAUCAAAAGGACUGAAAAAAAAGGCCAAUAGAUCUAGUAUGAGAUAUAAGAGGUUACAUCACUGGAAGUAAACCUCAUCAAGACAUUAUAUAUGCUAGAUUAUUACGACCAAAUUAACCCAAAUACUGUAUAUAAAUGUUCUGAUUGUUAAUAAAAUUUUGUUAUAAAAAAAAUGAUUGUUUCAGUUAGCGUUCCAUCAUGCAAGAAUAAACCGGAACGUGUGUAUCAAACCAGAGCUUCUGCACUCCUUCAGUCGUCUUGGUAUUAGCUUCUACUAGUAUCUAGUGGUACUAACAUACCUACAUAAAGUUAUAGAGAUACAGAUAUGAUGGACUUUGCGGUUUAUCUUCUUAAAACAAACAACUAAAUCUUCUGAUUUAUCCUAAUAUGAGUGAGCUCUUCUUCGCAGGUUUACUUGACAGACAAGCUUCGAUAUUUCAUAAAAAAGAGGCGACCAUUCGUUCGAGAGCAUGUACAAUACACAGAAACAUUUUUUUUACGUACAACGCUAUAAUAUGUGCGUGUAACCUAGGGGUCAUGAAAUACCUGAUUUUCCUCAAGCAUUCCGAAGCAAGUGCGUGGUUUUUCUUGUAUUAUAUGACUUACAAUUUGGCUAUUGGUUCAAAAAUCAUUAAAAUUUUGCUUUAACAUCGAAAUAUUUAUUUUUCAUAGACCGUAUUAAAGGACGCUAAUCAAUUGAAAGCUAAUAAUGUGGAUGAAUAGCCAUUAUUUCCAUUUAGGGAUUCAGAAAAGAACCGUUCAGUAUUGUUAAUAGAGUAAACGUUAAUUUACUAUCGUUAGUUUUUUUAAUUAUAUUCGCCAAGGUCACCAGUUUAAGUCAUUUAGCUAGAUUAAGCCCAUCUGACGAAUACCUAAAAUAUUUAGUGAAAAAAACUGUUGAAAUUAAAUCGAAACUUCUGUUAGUACUAAAGCAAACUGGUUCAAAUUCUAUACAGGGUGUACCAAGCAGCAUUUGCACCUCGAAUAUCUCUGGUUAUGUGCUGAAACAGGUCAAUUUUAAUCUACAAGGGUCUCAAUAUUUAUUGUAGUUUUAAAGGAGUUAAAUCGGACGACCUAGAUGGCCAUUCCAUAGAAUCUAGUUAAUGUCCACGAAAUACUUCAGGCCACCUUUGAUGAUAAUAAAAUUUAUUAGUAUUUAAACCUCAAUUAGUGUGUAUAGAAAUAUGUUUGAUUCCAUGGAUAACAAAAAAAUACUGAACGGGAUUAAAAAGUCAUUUGAAAAGAUAAUAGAAUGAAAGCAGCUUCAAAAUAUAUAUUUCUCAACGCCCCUUGUCUUGUAAGGUUUCUCUAGAGGUGUUGGAGGGACAUAAAUUUAGCCCCAUUGAUCUAGUGGAUGCCCUUUAUAUUUUUAUUAUUAGAAAAUAUAAUAUUUGAGAAAACAAUUGACAGGAAGUUGCGAAAAAAUGAUUAUAAUUCCCACUAAUUGAUUGAAAAAAAUUGUAAUAAAUAAAGUAUUAUGUGUUGUGAUAUCUUGAAGAACCAUUAAGAAAGUAUACAAAAAAAUUCAACAGAACUCUCUUUCAAGAUAUAGUUUAUAUUUUGUUUAUAAUUCUAGAACCGAUUAUUUUAAUUGUAAUAACCAUUAUAAAAAUGUAGAUGUCUCCUGUUUUGAACAAAACUCAUAAUAUUUGAGGGUGCAAAUUUUUUUUGUGUCCCCCGAUAUAUUCUAUAUGCAAAAAAUUGUGCAUUGGUGAAAACAGUAUAUCGAUAUUGGUCUGAGAAAAAAAAAUAAUAAAUUGUAUACUUACCUACUUUGUAUAUAUGUAUCUUGAAUUUAGUUGUGCCCUUCAAUUAACCACUCGAGAUUAUUUAUUUAAUUUAUUCGAUGAGUGUAAAAUGAUGUAAAUAAUCGUUAAAGCAACAAUAGGUAGUUUGAUAAUGUGUUCCUGGCAUUGUGAUUUUUUAGGAACAUCUUAAAAAUAUGUCACUAUAUUCCUUUUAGUAAGAAAACGAGACCAAAACUUAAAUGAUUUAUUAUACUUCACUUGUUAUUAUAAGAUUUUAAAAACAAAUAUAUUUCAGUUUUAGCUUAUAUAUUUAUAUUAGACUCGAAAGUCUAUUCUUGUUGUAUCUACGAAAAUUUCUAAUUUGUAAUCAGGACAAACAAUUUAAAUUAUAACUUUGUCAUAAUGGAAAAUUGAUUUACUCUCAAAUAGUAUGUUUUCAACUGGAAACUGUGGUUAGAAUCAGUCUACUGUCUCGUUCCAGGUUUAUGUAGUCACUACGUCGUAGUGGAAAGUAGACAGCAAAUAUAACCGAAUAUAAGUUCAUAAAUCCUACAAUCCUUCAAUAUAUAAUCCAUAUGGUUGUCAAAACUGGAUAUUCUCAAAGGAAAUCAUUGAUAGAAUAGAGUAAACAAUAAAAAAGACGUUAAACAUAAAACUGGUAGGGAUGAUAGUUGACAAAGUUAGAGUGGAAAUUCGCAGGACGUACCUUAAGAUUAAAAGACGACUGAUGGAAUAAAACAUCAAUAUAUUGGAGACCUUGGACUAAAAGAGGAAAAAAUUAGGACCGCAACUGCUUUGGUGAGAUGACUUCAAAAAGCUCGCUGGACCCAAACGGACGCAACUCUUUAAAAUAGAGAAAAUGAGGCUUAUAUAGAUAGAUAGGUACAUAAAAUGUGAGCUAAGAAAAAUAUUUUACAGGUUUCUUCGAGCUGACUGUACACAUACUCAUAUUUCUGUAUAUUUUUAAUCAAAUAUCAAAAUUUUUUUAAUAUAAAUCAAAAAAAAUAUUGGAACGUAACCUCAUAUUUGUGUAUAAUGUCAAAAAUGUAUCUUUUGACAACUGACGUGAUGGUAAUUUUAGAUAGUUUACUGUAUUUCGCGUAAAAAACAUGACGUGAAUAACGCCAAUGUAUUUCACCCAACGUUUUAUACUAAUACACUGUUUACACUACCACUACACCAACACUGACAAUUACAUUGUCUAACGCGCUUUUAGAUAACCAAGUUAUCGUCUUAAUUAAGACUCAGUUUACCUUCAGUCUCUGAAGACGUAAACUUGGUUAUCGAAACGCGCGUCAGACAGUGUAAUUGUCAGUGUUGGUGUAAACAGUGUGUUCAGUAUAAAUAUCGUCAGUGGUUCCAGAAAUUCCAGCAACUUUUUAUAUAGAAAUAACUUUAUAAGGGGAGUUGUCCAGUCCACAAAUUAGAUAUUUUUGAUAUUUUUGGUAAUUCUUGCAACUAGAUAAAAAUAGCAAGAUAAAUUUGAUGAUGAAAUUGGUCGCACAAAUAUCUUCCUCAAGACAAAAUUAUAUAAAUUUUGUAAACGUAGAGAACAUAUCUUUCAAUCCAUUUUUACAUUAUUACUAUGUAUUUACAAAUAUAUUUAUUACGCAAAUAACACAGAUUAUACUAAAAACUAUAUUGAUGAAGGGUUAUUUGAAACGGAUAUAGAAAAAUAUUGUUAAAACCGCGGGACGAAAAUAUAACCUAAAAGUCAAUACAAAAUAUCAGAUUUUCUAGUCUUUUUUUCACUAUCCACUGUUUUUCUGAGUGUAGGCAAUCGGUAAAUAAAGUAUAUUCUCACUAAAGCUCUUUUCAGCUAAUGAAACUCUACCUCUAAAGCUUUGAAUUUGUCCUUGUACUUCUCAGCUGCCACUGGGUUAUCACUUUGCAAUCUUAUGAAGUAUUCACUCAUGUUUGAUCGACUUGGACGCAAUAGUUAAAACUCAAGUCCAAAAAACUCUCGUUAAUUCAAGCACAGACGAUACAAAACUGUACCUAAAUUUUGUAAAUUGCUUGAAAGCUUACUUACAGACUAACUAAAAAAACAGUAUUUAUGGAGCCCUCAUAAUACUAUAAAGCAAAAAACAAUACGAAAAAACUCACCACCGAAAAAAAUCAAGAAAAGCUAACACGAGUACAUACAAGAGAAUCGAUUGUUGAUCCCGCGGCCACUAGUCUGAUGGAGAUCAGCUGUUUUCUUAGAUUGCUCUAUUGAUAUAACUGCAAUGCUAGUAGUAUUAUGCCCUAUUCACACAUUUAACGCGUGUAUAGUUUUUCAUUUUCUCUUCCAUAGCCUUUUAUAUCUAUUUCGCGUUCCACUUCUAAUAUUUUUCUUUACAUUAUUAACUACACACUUAACGGUGAUUCAAUAAUUGCAUCUCUAAAAUCUUAACACCUGUUCAUCAAACACGUGUAAAUAGGCCUACAGUACAGUUAAUAUUUUAAUACUUAGGGGUUGGUUUAUUUGAGACAGCUACUAAGAGUAAUUCACAGAACAUUUUUGGCCUAAUCUGUGUUGAUUUGUUCCGAGUUCAUGUAAAUAUAAAACUGUAAAAUGCUAAAGUAUCUUUUGCUAUUUGUAAAAAGUUUUUUCAGAUGAAAAUUGUACCAUCAAAGUUAUGUGAUUGAAAAUGUAAUUUUUGCAUUAAAAUUUGGGACAUUCUUAAAUACAUAACACACAUAAUAUAUCUGAUGUUAUAGGAAUGAUUCAAUACUUAUAGACGAAAAUAACUUAUUUAAUAUUCAAUUGAAUAGUUAGAUAUACUUUACAGGUAUAUAAAAGAGAAAUAAUAGGAACAAUUAUGGUAAUAAUGUUUAUUAAAAUUAAAUAAUGAUCCUAAAUAUUAAUGUGAGAAAGCUUUAGUUGAGUUUAUAACUUAACUUCAACGCUUUGCUAAAAAUUUUUUAUUUGUUUCUAAAGAUUUUUUCAUAGUUUACUGAAUUGUUGCAUUGUUUUCUUAUUAUUUAUAUUUAUUUUUUUUAUCAACAUUACAAGAAAUGGUGAUUUUCCAACAAGAAAAAUAAAAUUUUAUUUUAUUUACAAAUAUAAGCAGUAAAAUUUUAAUAAAAAUUUUAAAUAAUUAGUAAUGGACAUAUUUACACCAUCAUAUAUUUCUUUGUAUUAGUCCUAACAACUAAAUUACCUGAUAAUCUUUUAAAAAUUCAUAAUUUGUUACUCAUCCUACUGAUAUUUUUUUUUUGAAUAAAAUUGAGAAGACCAUUAACCAUUUUUUGUUCUCAAGUUCAAAUUAAUAUUUUCGUUUUUGUACAUCCUAUAAACUAAUCCUUCUUAUUUGACUUUUUCAUUUGGUCACAGAAACUGUAUACGAGGUGUGGCUAUUAAAUAAUGAGACUUGUGAUAUGAAACCUUUUAUUUUGAUAUUAUGUAUAUUUUUUACCAUCCUUUAUCUCAACACCGCUCCGUGCGAAUUUUCCAUUGAUAGAAACAGUGUAAGAAGUCUUUAACAGACAUAAAUAUUUCUCCUUUUGCAGAUUUGAUCCUAGAAAGGAGGUAGAAGCCACACGUUGCACGAAACUGCGACUAAGAUGAGUUGUCUAGCAUGGUCGACGUGGCUAGAAACCUUGAAACCGCUUAAAUAAUUCAAAAACCCGUAAACGCGACAAACGUUCUUUGCCAUAUACUUGUUUCAAUAAAUCAUAAGUUUCAUUUGCAGUUUUUCACGUGAAAUUUUACAACAAUCCGUUGCUCCAUUUUGAAGUCGAUCAUUUUUAGGGCAAACGAAACCAACGGCUACACUGGUUUGUCUACAGACAGUACCACAGUAGACAUUGCAAUUCCAAUUGAAAUAUAUAUUCACAAAACGUUGUGGUUGGAAUUUUUAGUUACAGUUUUGAAAUAUUUUCAUUGUAAUAUUGAAGAAAAUACCGAAAUGAAGCCGAAGAUGUCGUUCGAAAUAAUUUAACCCUUUAUAUCUUAUCUACCUCAAAAUACUGUUUAAUAAAAGAUUUCCCACUUAAUUCUAUAACUAUACAACCUCGUUUAAACUUUGUUCGUUGCAAUGCAGCAUGAACGAAUUUCUUUAGUUCAAAUUAUCACCAAUAGUUGCUAUAAAAAAGUGAUAACAUCGUAAAAACAACAUAGAUAUUCACUAAAGGAGAUGCAAUUGUUGAAAUACUGAUACAAAUUUGUUGGUUAGAAUUUAGGAGAUGAUCAAAGGAAAGUAUUGUACUUUAUUGCCAACAAAAUGAACAACUAAAGAAGAAUUCAAAAUUUUACACAAUAAAAAUUUGUAUACUUGUUUGAAUUUCAAAUUUCUUGUAAUGUUUUAAGAAAUUUUUACUUUUCCGUUGAUUCUGCUAUGUGAAUACAUUGUCAUAUUGAUAAGCAGUACUUGAUCUUAGAUCAAAGUUCAGUAACAUAAUUAUGGUAGCUAACAAAUAUAAAUAAAACUAGAAAACAAUUUUUAUAUUAAAUAUUAAAGUUGUAACAAAGACAGAGAAAUUGAAAUAAAUGGCAGAAAAUGUAUUCAAAUCUGGAAAAUUAUAAAUUCACCUUGAGAUAUUCUGUCUUGUUCUGCAAAUAUAAUACAGUUCCAGUAAAUUGGAACACCUAGGAAAUUCUAAAUAAAGUAAAGCUGAACCAUAUGUAAUAAUUCUUUAUCGACAGUUUCUAUAGUCGUUCCGACUGAGGAAGACAGAAUGACAACGUUUUCUGUAUUCUCCGAGGUUCCAGCUCGGUUAUGCGCAUUAUUAAAUAUGCGCGUUCUGCGCAUUAUCAAAUAUGCGCAGCGUACCAACUGUCCAUAAAUGUGAAAACUGUCAAAAAUGCAAAGUACAUAACCCUACUUUAAAGCAGGAACAUCAACCCUCAGAAAUCAAUAAAUAUUUACGGGGUUGAAUAAUAUGAAAAUAAAAAUCCGAAUUAUAAAUUAAAAUUAGUACGAAUAUUGUUAGCGACAUGAAAUUUGUUUUUGGUAAUGAAAUUAGUAAGUAGAGUAUUAUACUGAAUUUUGAUUUGACUUUGUUAUGUUUCUCUUGCAGGCAGGAGAUUUCUGUACAUAAGUUAUUAUAUGUAUUUUAUUUAAACUUGGAGAAAUUUAAAUGUCUAGCUGUAAUGUUCUUAUAAAUUUAUAAAAAAAGAAAGUUUUUCUAAACUAUUUUUGCGUGCCUUGUUCAAUCUUUAUAUUUAAAACAAAAUGAAGUAGUGUUUGUAAUACGAGCAUUAUGAACAAAAUUCCUAGAUUUUUAUGGAACCGAUUAUAUUAUAUUAUUUGUGUCUAUCACUUUAUAUUUUCAAUUGAAUAAACGAAAGGGCCGACUACAUUCUUCCCUUAGUCA